AUGUCCCCAUAUCAACUGGUUUAUGGGAAAGCUUGCCAUUUACCACUAGAAUUGGAACAAAAAGCUCUCUGGGCCAUCAAGAUACUAAACUUUGACAGCAUUGCUGCUGGUGCAAAGAGGAUCUUGCAACUGCAAGAGAUGGAGGAAUUCAGGUCACAAGCCUAUGAAAAUACUAAGAUAUAUAAAGAGAAGGCAAAGAGGAGACAUGACCUGCAUCUUGCACCCAGGGAUUUCGAAAAGGGGCAGCAAGUACUCCUCUACAAUUCCAAAUUGAGAUUAUUCCCAGGAAAACUCAAAGCGAGGUGGUCCGGGCCUUUCAUUGUCACAAAAGUCUCACCAUAUGGACACAUCGAAAUCAUGGAUGAAAGGUCAGAGAGGACUUUUACAGUGAAUGGACAAAGACUCAAGCAUUAUCUGGGCAACAUGGGGGAAAACCCCAGAGUAAAAUAUCAUCUCAAGUGA